AUGGCUAACACAGUGGAGGACCGCUCUCAGGACUCCAGCUUAACCGAGAUCUCAAAGGCAGAAUCCAGCUCAGGGUUUGAGUCCAGUCAAACACAGAAAAAGGCCCUCGACUCACCACUGAACCAACAGAACUGUGAGGAAGAGGACGAUGAAGAAGAUGAGGAUGAGGAAGAGGGAAACUGCAGGCCCGGAUCAGAACCACAGAACUCAGAACACUUGGACCCAGACUGGGUAGAGGAAAGGUUCCGUAUCGACAGGAAAAAACUAGAAACUAUGCUUUAUGUCUCUGAGGGUGGGGAGGGGCUGACAGCAGAGCAGUUCUUUGAGAAGGUAAUGAAGGAAACUAACACACAGGUGAAAUGGCCAUCUAAGCUGAAGAUUGGAGCCAAGUCAAAGAAAGAUCCUCAUGUGAAAGUGGAAGGCAAAAGAACCAAUGUUCUGGAGGCUAAAAAAAAGAUUCUGGAAUUGUUGGAGACAAAGGUUAACAAGGUGACCCUGAAAAUGGAUGUCACAUAUACAGAACACUCUCAUGUGAUUGGGAAAGGGGGCGGGAAUAUCAAAAAAGUGAUGGAGGUCACUUCCUGUCACAUUCACUUCCCCGACUCCAACCGCCACAAUGCCAAUGGGGAAAAGAGCAAUCAGGUGUCAAUUGCUGGACCUGUACAGGGGGUGGAGUCAGCCAGGAAACAAAUUCGAGAUCUUCAGCCACUGGCAUUGACGUUUGACCUGCCAGUGGGGUUGCUUGGCCCAGGCGUGGUGGAUCCCAGCUCUCCAAUCAUACAGCACGUGGCUCAGGCGUUUGGAGUGAAUGUGAGCUUCAGAACACAACACACACACUACUGCACCAGCUGUGUCGUCAGAGGACUACAGGGAAACAGCAGUGCUGUGAAGAAGGCGACCUGCGUCCUGAUGGAGCUACUGCUGGGCUCGGAGAUGGCAGCAGGGGUCACUGCUGGGGUGACGAGUGUCGGAGGUCAGGGGAUGAUGGUGGUGAGCACUCAGCUGGAUGUGACUUCCCAGCAGCACCUGUUUCUGUUGGGUCAGAACGGUGCUAACUUCCUCAGCGUCAUGCAUCAGACACACACACAGAUCAUCUUACCAGAUCUCACCGCCCCUCAGCAUCCCCCCUCGCUGCUCAUACAGGGAACGCCUGACGGAGUGUGUCUCGCACGACAGCAACUAAUGGACUGCCUGCCAGUGUGUUUGAUGUUUGAUAUGAAGCAGGAGGGAGAAAUGGAUCCUCGGGUUCUUGCUCAGAUGAUGCAGAAUCUGGGAGUUUUCAUUAGCAUCAAACCGAAGGCCAAACAGACAGCUAAGUCUGUUGUAGUGAAAGGUCUGGAGAAGAGCAUAUCCUGCCUGUAUGAGGCCAGGCGUUUGCUGCUAGGCCUGGAAUCCAGUGAGGUUACCGUGAUGACCAAGCCUGCAUGCAACCCUUUGCUGACAGCCAAUGGAAUGACAGGCUACUGGCUGAGCGUGUUAAUGCAGCAACUACGGCUCAGUGGUGCUGGUGCUCUCACACCUCCAGAAGGAAUAGUCGGCUCUGUCCCUGGGAAGCCACGCCCAUCUCCUCCACCAGGAUUGGCUACUCCUUCAGAGGAGGGAAGAAUAGUGCUGAGGGGGACUGACAGUAAGCUGGAAAAGAUUUUGGAGAAUGAAGACCACCCAUCUCAAUUAGAGAGUGAGGGCACUGGAGCACUGACCCAAGAGGUCACAGAGGCCACUGAGAUGACAGUCAAACCCACAGGGUUAAACAGGAGGAAAAGCCAAUCAGAGACCAGCAAGGGCCAAAAACAGGAGGCAUGUCAGCCAAUCACAUUACAGAAUUCCCCAAAAAGAGAAAUGUUUGUGGGGCUGAAUAGAGACAGACGCUGUAGUUUGAGGAUCUUACCCUGUCAGGACAACGCUGAGGAAUAUGACUAUGAGAAAAAGAAAUUGCUGGCAACAAGAGCCAUGCAGAAGAAGCCAGUGGUGACAGAGGUGCGGACUCCUACAGACACGUGGAGUGGAUUGGGUUUCUCUAAGUCUAUGCCUGCUGAAGCCAUCAAAGAGUUACGCAGUGUCAACCGGCGCUGCUACAAGUCUUACCUAUCCAACCAACAGUCCUGGAGCUCUCAGAAUGGAAGUGACUCAGAGAAUUGGAGAGAGAGACGAGGCUCUGCUUCUCCAUCUUCUCCCACGUCUUCCUCCUCAUCCCCCACUUCCCUCUCUUCCUCUAUCUCUUCUUUUUCUACAUGCAGCCCAUUAUCUGCCAGGAAGAAAACAUCCAAGAGCUACCUAAGCUGCGUUGACUACCCUGAGGGAAUGGGCAGGCCAGUGAUUGCUGAGAGACGGGGGUCAUGUUCCCCCACCCCCCAGCAGACAGAUGACCUGUCAGAGUUAUUGGACCAGCUGGGACUGAGCAAAUACAGUGAUGUUUUUCAGCAACAAGAGAUUGACUUUCAGACAUUUCUAACUCUCUCUGAUGAGGAUCUCAAGGAAGUGGGUGUGUCCACAUUUGGAGCCAGGCGGAAGAUGCUUCUUGCAAUCUCAGAUUUAAAGAAAAGUAAAAGGAAGGUUUUGGAACCGCCUGCUGUGAGACCUGGCUAUCUGGAGGGUGGGGCCAGUGGCAGGCUUCCUCGGAUCAUGGACACGGAUAUAGCAGCUCAAAGCAACCGCUGGUGA